CACCAGUCUGUCCCUGACUUUACUGUCUGCACGGUGACGCGCUAGACCUGUCCGUCCUUUGCUCUGACUGCUUGAACCACUCUUCCUCGCGGCCAACAGUUUCUGGAGAGAGUACCGUCCACAAUCUGCACCAGAUCGCCUUCCAGGAUGGGUCUAACGGGCUGAAACCAUUUCGUCCGACGUGUAAGCGUGGGAAGAUAUUCCGCCACCCACUUUUUCUAGAAGUUGUCUGCGUACAGCUGUGCCAUUCUCCACGAUCUCUUCAGUACAGCAGGUCUGUCGUCAAACGUGCUCGGGGGCUUACUCCCAUUAGCGGACCCUAACAGAAAGUGAUUUGGUGUUAGGGGGGUUCGGUGUCAUUGUCUAGCGGUAUGUCAGUGAGCGGUCUUGAGUUCAGGAUCAUCUCGACUUCCAUCAGCAUCGUUCGCAGAAUUUCGUCCGAUGGGAGGCGGGGAGGGUCGAAAUCGUUCAUGGUCUUCUUGCCUGACUGAAUCAAACGCUCCCAGCAGCCUCCAAAAUGCGGUGCAGAUGGCGGGUUGAACGUCCACUUGGUAUCUGGACUGACAAACUCGGUCAUGAGCUUCUCUUCGUUGACGUGCUCCAGUGCCUCGCGCAGCUCUCGUGAAGCUCUGAUGAAAUUCGUUCCUCGGUCGCUGAUAAUCUCCAACGGUGCGCCUCUUCGUGCUAUGAAGUUGCGCAAUGCCAGAAUGCACGAGUCUGUCGCAGGGAUUGGCGGCAUCCACCGUGCGGUGCGAAAAAAGCGUGUGCUUCACACAAUCGCAAGUGCUCGUCUCCCGUUUUGCCGAGAGACAAGAGACGUAUGAGUGAGAGCUUUCGUAAUUGUGCGAGAGACAAUCGCAGCACUAGCUCUACGGCGCAGGGAGUAAUGCACGGUGCUUGGGACUGCGCUUGUCUCCAAACAGAAAAAAAUCAAUUAAUAAAUUAAUUGAAGAGUUUGUGUUUUCGGCAAAGUUGUUGCUUGUUUGGGUUGACAAGUGAUGGGUCGUUUGAUUCGAAAUUUUUCCAAUCGUGCGUAGUAUCAAGCCAAGUGCCAGUUGACAGCCUACACUCGUAGCCUUCAGACGUUUUCAUCAGAACUCCCGUGCUAUUAAUUCGGUGAUAUGAGUGGUUUUAGAAAAAAUACACUAAUUGUUGAUUUUAGUGUUGUUCCCGGGCGACCCGAUGUUCGCAAAGUCGAACACUUUCUAGAAAGUGAACUGCAGUUAAAUCUUUCUGAUGUGAAAAGUAUCCAGUUGCACAACACGCGCAACUGUGUAUACAUUGAAAUGGUGAACCACGAUACGGCGCUGCGCUAUGAAAAAGCGCACAACAUCAAGCGGGCCUUUGUCUGGAAAGACAAACCGUUUAAAAUCCCGGUAUAUGUGGACAGCGAGGCAGUGACUGUUCGUGUGCAUGACCUGCCCCCUUCUGUCCCCCAUACCACUGUCGCUAACUUCAUGAAGAAGUACGGAGAUGUUUUUUCUAUCCAGACGGAACGAUGGAAGAAUUAUUUUGUCGGCAUACCGAACGGGGUUCGAGUGCUAUUGAUGCGGAUCAAACACCCGAUCCCUUCAUAUCUCACGAUAGCCGACGAGAUCUGCUAUGUGGAGCACAUGCACCAAAUUAGAAUCUGCAGGUGGUGCUCCAGGCCGGUUCAUCCCAAGCAGAGAUGUUUGGAAGCGACCGCACCACAACCCGAAACAAGCACAACAGCAGCAGCAGCAACAGCUCAAUCAAGCGAGCAAAUAUUCUCCGACGCCGAUUUCCCACCGAUGAGCAGUAGUCAAUCGACCCCAUCCUCCCCUGGAGUAGGUGAAACGUUCAUCGAAAUAGUGGCGAGAAGUAAGCGUGCGCUUAUCGAGCAAGAACAAAAAACAAUUGUGCCUGCAAACCAAGCCGACCAAGUAGACCAACAGAGCACGAAUGGAGACAACGACGACGACGAGGACGACGACGGACACGACAGCUCAUCUUUACCAUAUGAGACCAAUGACGGAACCAACAAACGGCGGCUGUCAACCAAGCGCGCAAAGGAUAAGAAGAAGUUAUGUGGUACUCAGGAAUUACAGAGUGGCUGUGAUUCUAUUAGUUUAUCUUUUAAAAAUUAAAAUGGUUUUAUUGGCCUCGUAAAGCCUUUGGGCGUCUAGGCCUUUCAAAUAAAGAAAUUGAUAAAAAAAAAGCCAAGUGCCAAGCACGGAGACAAGCACCGAGAGAGUGCAUACGACAGAGCGUGAGAAACAGGAGAGCUCCAGCGCGCGGCAAAGUAAGCGAGCAACACACAACCGAUUGCGCGUACUCGUCUCCUUCUACACACUAAGAUUCAGAUGUUCCAGCUCAGUAAUUUUUCCACUGAGUUCAGUAUUUUUUCCAUCUUUUUACUGAGUUUUCAACAGCAGAUUUAUUUCGGUACACUCGGUAAUCGUAUUUACCGUUCACCAGUAACGAUAUUUACCGUGCUUCAGUAACUUUUGACAGUUUGUGAGCUGAGCUCGGUAACUCAUUUACAGAAUAUCCGCAAAAUAAAUAACCGAGCGUACCGAGUUAAAUCUGCUGUUGAGAACUCAGUAAAAAGAUGGGGAAAAUGCCGAGCUGAUCUUAGUGUGUAGUUUGUUGUGCUGUCUCGUAGCAGAGUGUGCGGCACGCAAAGAGUUUUGAGUCGCACCCUAUCCCUGGUCUGUCGUCAGCGAAUGUGCAACCUCGAUGUGUACACCCCUGGUUGUCAUGCAGAUGAGCAGAACUCCCCAUCGUUUUUCGGAUCGUCUGCCGACUAGCACUGACAUCGGCUCGAAGUAAUCGAUCCCUGUGUAGGAGAAUGGUCGUUGAAACGCUGCUAAUCGGGCAGGCGGUAGAUCUCCCAUUGCUGGGGGCUGCGGUCUUGCUCGGCGAACUUUGCAACGUUGACAGUUUCUGCGGACGCGAUCGAAUUCUGUUCGAAGACAAGGAAUGCCAUAUUUCAGCCGUAUCUGGUUCAGUGCCGUUUGGUGAUUUUGAUGUCGGCAUGUCGCGUGGUAGUCAGCAAUCACCAAGUUGGUCACGUAGUUUUGCCUCGGGAGUAGAAUUGGAUUCUUGGCAGAUUCAUCUACCCAUUCGCAGGCAUUGAUCCGUGCGUUGCUUCUUCCAGUAGAAGGCAAAUAGGGAUCAUCUCGGCUUGGUCAUCACAUACGGCGUCUGACGAGAUAGUUCGACACGUAAUCGAUACACGCAUCGCCAUCAGCCUGAAUUUACGGUUCAGCUUAGUGCGAUUGCUUCCAGUCGUCAAUGCCACCAACUACGCUGGGCCUGCGUAUCUCAUGAUGGACGAUAGAACGCUCGCAACCAAUUUCCUCUUGCUGUUGCUGAUCGCAGAAUUGUUGUGAAUGAUCCGGGAUAGUGCUGAGAUCACCUCCUUGCAGCCGUAACCGACAUAACCGUUAAGUUUAGUCGAUCGUCCAACAUCACUCCCAAGUGUUUGACUUCGCGUUUUGAGUCAAUAAUGCACUCACCGACCAUAUUUUUGCAUGCUGUACUGUCUUCCAGUUGGUGACAAUAACCAGCUUGGUCUUGUGGUGAACUAGUGAUAGCUUCUCACUCCGAUCACUAGAGGCGCUAUGUCGUCCGCAAAGUCUACGAUCUGAGAAGGUUCAAAAGCUUUAGUAAUUCGUCGUACAUGACAUUUCAGAGGGUCGGGCUCAAAAUAGAUCGCCGUGGAUCGCCCGCCGUAAUAGUCACACUCCUUUCCGAUGUCUGUUUCGUAGAUCAGUCUGCGAUUAUGAAAAUAACUUUUCAGAAUCUGUGUAACGAGUCCGCGAUUGCUGCCGGUUUCCUAUUUUCUGUUGCUUCUAUGCUGUUUCCAUAGCAUCCGCAACCGUUGUGAUGGCAUCUUCAGUGGAUUUGCCUUUCCGGAAUCCGAACUGCAUAUCUGACAGACUGCUCUCACUUUCCGUGUACUUUAUGGUACCUGUUUAGCACCACUCUCUCCAGCAAUUUGCCAAUACAAUAUCCAAUAGGCACAUCGGCCUAUACCCUAUACGUUGAUGGAUUGCCGGGAGGUUUAACUGGUAAUUUGAUAAUAUCGUAGAUAGAAUGUUCCACAUAGAAAGAAAUUCUGAAAACUACACUUAACGUAAAUAUUAGAACGUUUAAAUUAACAUUUGAUUUAAUUCGAUUUUACCCUCGAUAAUUUAUUGCACGCUAUGUUGUAAGCAAGCUCUAUACUGUAGACAACCUGUGAUUUCACAAUCCUAUGGUGAAUUGCGUCGAAAAUGAUGGAGGUCAUUUUGUUACAGCAAACUCGGUGUAACUGUUUUGGACUGUGCAGCAUGACCAAAGUGUAGAAUUAGCAUUAAGUUAAAAUACACAUAAAUGGCCUGGCCAGAUGAACUCAGCAUUUUCAUAUUUUUCUUCUUUCUUUUGCGCAGAACUUCUUUCAGUGUCUUCGUGCUCGUUUUUCCGUCGGACAUAGACUAAGAACACCUGACCAUAGCGUCGUACUGGAAGAUGGCCCUCGGAAAGGACUGACCUGCCAAAUCUACAAGUUUACCUGUUACAAAAGUCUGCGAAACGUGUUUAAGACUGAUAAGACAACUCUACAAUUUGAAAAGUCAUUUUGUCGAUCUUCGGACGGUACCUUCGAGGAAAUCGAUCUGAGUGAAUCGCUGAAAGACCCGCAAAGUAGCUCGAAAGGGGUAGCAAUCAAACCGUUCCAGUACAAAACCUACAUUAAGAUGGGAUCCUACCGGAGUGCUCACAGCAAGAAUGUCCACUACUUCACAAUCGAGUGGAUUGCAGGGGUCCUGCCAAAGUGCCGAUUCGGAGAGCUGCGAAUUACCUUCCAGUAUGGACACAAGGAAAACCACUUGCACGUGAGACCACCACCCACGCAAAAUCCUAUUUCCGGGGAUGGAAGGGACAUUUCGGCAUCGAAUGAGGUUCUCGGGGUAAACAAUAAUGCACAUAAAGCUUUAUAAUAGGGGAGUGGAAUGUGUAAAAUAUACAGCUCAGAGGGAAUUGACUAUUCCUAUAGACGAACACGA